AUGGUUCAAUAUAACCCCGCUUGUUACCUGCCAUCAACAUGGUCCUCUUACCUACCCGACACCCUCUCAUGUCCGCCUCCACCAUCACUUGCGGCGACACUCUACAACUACGCGACUUCACCCUUCAGUUCGACAUUCACCACAUUACGCACAAUGUUCGACGCAUUGAUAGGACUCCCAUUCCUCUCCUUUCUCCUAAUCCCAACCAUGACAUCGUACUCGACCAGUCUCAACCUCCUCUUCUUUUAUCUCACAUGGUCGACGCUGGUUUUGUCGCAUCCUCCCAUCCGCGUUGAAAUUGUUGCUACACUCGCUGUUCGAGUCAUCUUCUACAUCAUACCGUCUCUCUUCUUUCUAGUCUUUGAUGCUGUCUUGCCAUCUGCGGCGGAGAGUCUCAAGGCGCUGGGCGAUGCUGGUCUACCAUUCAAGAAUGCAAGUCGGGCCCGGGCACUGCGCAAUCUUCGCGUCUUGGGAUGGUCGCUGCUGAAUACUCUCCUCGGCGUCGCCAUUCAAGCAUUGGUCGAAGUCCUCUUCACGAGAGUUCUACUGAUCCGUUCCGCAUUGCGUGUCACCACGACAUUGCCUAUGCCGCUCGGCAUCGCCAAGGACCUUGCGAAGGGCUAUCUGUUCCGUGAGAUAUUCGCCUAUGUACUGCACCGCUAUGUGUUGCACGAAUCUCGCACUUCACUGGCCCGCGCACAUAAUGAUUGGUACCACUCAUUAUCGACGCCAUUCCCGUUGACCGCUAGUUAUGACCAUCCGGUGGCAUACCUAGUCCGCAGCUUUCUUCCAACUUAUCUUCCGGCACUCCUCUUCCGUUUCCACCUAAUCACAUACGUCCUCUACGUGACAUUGAUUUCUCUCGAAGAGACAUUCGCGUACUCCGGCUAUUCCACGGUCCCCACAAACUUUAUACUUGGAGGUGUCGCGCGGCGCACGGACAAUCAUGUACUAUGUGGCGGAGAAGGAAAUUACGGUCCAUGGGGUCUUAUCGACUGGAUCCUCGGUACCAGCGUCGGCGCCGAUUUGGUGGAGGAUGUCGUUCAAGAAGCUGAGAAGCACGAUGUGCCAGCUCGCGUCGAGCGGACCAAGGCCAAAGCGAAGAGCAGGGCUAAUGGUAAGCUCAGCGAUGUCAAGAGUAGCAUCACAAGUGGCAGACGUAGGACGACCAGGAAUCGCAGUGACAGUUAUGAAUAG